GCAGUAACAGCGAUUAAGGAGUAUCCGUCAGUCCCAUGUGUUAGGUUUAGAAAUGCGUGCGGCCAUAGCCCAAGUUGUCUCUCUCAUAUUUCUGAGUCUCGCUGGGGCGAAUGAAGAAAGCGAUCAGAUUCAUUACACAAAUUCUUGGGCCGUUCAUGUGGAUGAAGAUGAUCUGGAUAGCGUCAACGAGCUGGCGAACAAAUAUGGGUUCACGAACCUCGGGCAGAUUGGUAGUCUACCAGGGUAUUUUCACUUCGUAAAAGACUCGAUCAAAGGAAGGAAUAAACGAAGUUUCGAUGAUGAUCACACUGAACUCUUGCUCGCCGAACCAACGCAAAAUAUCGGCCAGUCCUCGGGUCCUCCGGGACUCGACAUUAACGUGCUGCCCGCGUGGGGCCAAGGGUAUUCAGGGAAAGGAAUUGUAGUGUCUAUAUUGGACGACGGRGUUGACCACACCCACCCUGACCUUAAGAGAAAUUACGACCCGGAUGCAAGUUUUGACUUCAAUGAUUUCGACCCAGACCCCAAACCGCGGUCAAAGGACCCUUUGAACUGCCAUGGAACGAAGUGUGCAGGAGAGGUUGCAGCCGAAGCAAAUAAUGGGAUAUGUGGGGUUGGAGUCUCUUUUAAMGCGAGCAUCGGUGGAAUACGAAUGCUGGACGGCAAGGCCACCGAUACAGUUGAAGGAAGUUCUCUCAGCUAUCAUUCAAACUACAUCGAUAUUUAUACUUGCUGUUGGGGACCGAAGGAUGACGGGAAAAGAUUCGGGAAGCCAGGCUUCCUCGCGAGCAAGGCACUGCAAAUUGGAGCUGAGAGGGGUCGUGGAGGUAGGGGAAACAUCUUUGUGUGGGCUACUGGUAAUGGAGGACUGACAGACGAUGACUGUAAUUGUGACGGCUAUACCACUAGUAUCUACACCAUAUCUAUAGGUGCUAUCAGUGACCAUGGUCUCUCCACGUACUACACCGAGACAUGUGCGUCCACCUUAGCCGUCACAUUCUCCGGAGCUUCGCAUCGUGAAGCAGAAGAAAACAAUAUCGUAACAACGGGUCUCGAUCACAAAUGCACAAAGACGUUCAAGGGAACCUCGUCUGCUGCACCACUGGCCUCUGGAGUGCUGGCGCUGGUGCUCGAGGCAAAUCCAAAUCUAACGUGGAGAGACGUACAGCACAUCAUAGUGGAAACAUCGCAGAAGACGAGCCCUUUAGACGAAGGAUGGAAGAAAAAUGGUGCGGGAAAAGAAUACAAUCACAAGUUUGGGUUCGGGAAACUGGAUGCAAUGAGGAUGAUAAAAAAAGCAAAAUCCUGGGAAAAUGUGCCUAAGCAGAGAGUAUGUUACAGCAAGGAACACGAUACUCCGAGGAAUAUCCCAUCAUCCGGGAACUUGAUUGUGUCAUCCAACACGUCAUCCUGCGUCGGUACUACGUCAGAGAUACGUAAACUAGAACACGUGCAGGUGAAGAUCUCGCUGGAGCAUCGCCAUCGGGGGCAUCUCAGUGUCACUCUUAUUUCUCCAUCAGAAACAAGAAGUGAGCUGCUGAAGACGAGAAGGAACGACCACUCGACGCAAGGACUCACGGACUGGGUUUUCAUGACCGUCCACUUCUGGGGUGAGGACCCCAGAGGAACAUGGACUUUGAUUGUGACAGACAACGACAGAAACACACGUGAACACCACGUGAUCAAAGCCAAACAAGGCGACUUCGAAGACGUGACUCGAGUAGUUAUGGACGACGCUGAGAAACAAGGACCUUGGGAUUCAAAUAAGAUUAAGGAAUACGACAACAUCAAACAGGCACCCCCCGGAAAUUAUUCAUCUCAGGAUCAUAUUCUUAAGGGAAUGGAGAAUACUAUGGGGGAGUUAGUCAAGGGUAAUAAGUUUACUGAACUGGCUAGGAGGAAAAAGGACAGGCACCACGGUGCGAAAGGUUUUGUGGGUAACAAGUCUGGGCAUGCGCAGUACAAACACAAAAGUAGCAAACAUGGAACGAAAAAGAAAAACAAACAUUGGACGAAAAAGAAAACACUAAAAARCUACAAAACUGAAACUAACAAGCAUAAAGACUUGGAGAAUAAAGAAAAUGCUAAGAAAACUGGCAGGAAAAUGAACAGCAAAAAAAUACAUAAAUACUAUAAACACAAAGGACACAAAAAAUAUAGAUAUACACCGAACAAACAACGCAAGCAUCGCAAGGAUAAGGGACAGGUCCAAGGCGAAGGAAAAUCAUUAAUGGCAGAAGGGAGUGUAGAGAUUCCUAAAGGUCGAACCCCUCUCGAAGCGAAGAUAGCGAUACAGGCUAUCAUGGAGCCUUAUUUCAAAGUCAGCGCUUCAAGAAUCGUUUUACCAAAACGAUAUCAAGGCUUCAUGGGUGAAGUGGACAUCAAGAUGAAAUUGGCGAAAGAAACAAAUAAAGAAAGACUGGCAAAGGAUGAAAAUAAAAAAAGUAAUCACACAAUUCAAUUGGGAUCAGCUAGGGAAAUCAGUUUCCACAAAUUUCGAGGCCAACAAAUUAGUGUAAGCAAAAUGUUACAAGUCCCUGAGGUGRUUACACAGAACAAUGAAGUAAAAAAAUUAACGCAUGAUUUGGGGAUGGAACCAUUUCGAAUACCUUCAMAAGAGGUAAAAGUGCUAGAAGCGGCAAGACAGAAUACAGAACUACAAAACGCUCCUGUAGGAAUCCCUGGAGAAGUACAAGGUGGCCAGAAUAAGGCCAAAAAUGAUGAUAACAUUUAUAUAAAUUUAUUGAACUCUAUAAAGUCUAUGCCUCACAAAGGAAAAGCUAUUGAUAACUCGUUGGAACACUUUGACGAGAGGAUUGAUAUWUUAACGGAUGCAAAACCAUACAGUAAUGAUAACAGCACUAGUAUGCUGAAGAAUUUGACACUUGAUGAUAGAAGAAAUUCUAAUACAGGAAGUGAGUUUACUAGAAGUAAUGCAACCGGAAGUGCGUUUAACGGAAGUAACGAUACCGGAAGUAACGAUACCGGAAGCCAAUCCUUCGGAAUUAAUUUAAUUAGAGAUGGGUUAAGUAGAGGUAACUCAAGCGAAAGGAAUACAACCGGAAAUCAUUUAGAUGACUUCAAAGGAGAAACAAUUUAURACACAUUGAGUAACGUUGGAAUUGGAAACGAAGCAUUCCGUCMAGAAGAAAUACCCAUAAUCUUCUAUGAUGCUGUAAAGAAUCRGUUUGCUGAAGUAAGGAAGUUAAACGCAUCCGACCUAAAAACCCAAGCGCCAAAGGCGACCGGAAAUGAAAUUAUCGGAACCGGAAAUAAAAUUGCAGGAAACGGAAGUCAAGGUAAAGCUGUUGAGAGUGGAGGCGAAGAGGUGCCAGAUGAAAGCAGCGGGUUUAGCGGUUCAAGUGGUGUUGURAUUCAAGAGGGGACCGACUGCGAUGACGGAAAUAGCUUUGCAAUAAAAUGUCAAAUCACAGGGCAGGCCAACGAUGGUAUGAUGAGCCAAUCAACAGAAGAACUGAACAACGCUUUUGAGGACGUGAAGGCUGAUGAUGAUACAGGAGGAAUUCCUCAACCACAGGGAACCCAUGACUUUCAAAUUUCAAGCAAUUCCCCUACGGCUAAAAUGCAGCCGCUCAAUGAUGAAGACAAGCUUGCGUACCUUUUGAGUACUGGAAAGUACCCGGGUUCACCUGAAGGAACCUCAAAACAGGUUAUCGCGCAGGUCACAAAAUUGAGGCCCUUCAACACUUCAGACCCAAAGGACCAAAGUGUCCCUGAUAGGUCCAAUAUGAGUAUGGGGUCCAUACAGGACAAGAAAUCAAAAAGCUUACAAACAUCAAUUAAACAACAAAAUGUCCCYGUUACGCUCUCUCUGAAGGAGGGACUCUCGCAGCCAGAACAAAAAAGGCCCUUAAACGAGAAUGUCCCUGAUAGGCCMGUUGAACAGGAUAUAGGUCCUACUCCAAGUAACCAGGGUAUAAAGAUAGAUAUUAGCGAUUUGGAACCACUUGAUCAAUUCGCUAAUAAAGAUUUUAAAGCGUUGGAAAGUGCACUUGAAAAACAAGUGGCGCGUCUGGAGAAAUUCAGAGACGACAGUCCAACUGGAACGCGGUUUCUCCAACGAGUUAAAGACGAUAUUCGACAAAGAAAUGUUGAUGAUCUGAAAUUCAUAGAAGAUGAAAUUCGUAAAGAUAUGAGAGAGGCUGUAGAUGAAAGASGAAGUGAAAGGAAGGCGUAUUCUGAUGGUGAUAGUUUUAUUGAAGGGUCGAGGGAAGACUCAGAUGAUUAUGACGAAAAUCAAGACGRUGAUGGCGAUGGGUUUCACAGGCUAGAACGAAGACGACUCUCAAAACAUGCUCCAAAACAUGAACUAUUUCAUCAUUAUAAGCAUUCUAGAGACGAUAAUAAAUAUGGGAAGGGGAAUUCAGGGAUYUUGAAGUCAUGGACUUUGAUUUUGUACGGUACAUGAAGUCAGUAACUGAUAUUUUAUAUAAUGGCUUUUUACAUAUGUUUUUUCUAUUGUAACGUUUGAUUAUCUGAAUUUUGUAAUUUACCUGUAGCAAGUAUAUAAUCUUACUACUUUAAAGUUUAAAGUUUAGGAUUUUGCAAAUUUAAACAGAUCGACAGAUUAACAGACAGAAAGGUAGAGGGACGGCCGGAAGAACGGCUGGACGGACAGACAGACAAAAAGGCAGCCGACGGACGAGCAGUUAGACAGACAGACACAAAAAGAAAAAAUAAAUACUGAAUUAAUGAA